AUGAAGUUCGCUUUCGCUUUUGUGCUGAUCGCACUGUUCGCGGUGAUCUCGACGUCCCAGGCUAUGCCCGAGGAGGCCGCGGCUGCCCCUUCCAACGAUAAUCCGACCGUUAAGAGUACGAUCGAAGUGGAUAUCAACCCGGCAGAACUCGCUAAAUUGGAAACCCUUAUGGCAGGCCGUGGAUUCAACUGGAAGAAAUGGUUGGGUGUUGCUGUUAAAGUUGGUUCUAUCAUUCUGAAAAACGUUUAA